CUUUACUUCCUCGAAUCCACCAUCUCUUCGCUUUGCUCCCUCACUUAACUCUUUCCCAUACAUUUCUGUUAGCUUACUUCAGCCCAGCCAUGACCAUCACCCCGGCAGUCCGAAUUGCUGACCGGAAUCUGUUCGCCAACGACCGCGUUUUACUCUCAGACAUCCCCAAGAAUGUCACCGUCGCCGCCGGUUCCACCGAGGGUCUGUUCCUCGGAGCGUUUUUCGAAGCCGAGAGCUCCCGCCAUGUUGUCCCGCUCGGGAAGCUUCUGGGCUUGAAGUUCUUUGCCUCGUUCAGGUUCAAGAUGUGGUGGAUGUCGCAGAUGAUGGGGUCCCGCGGCCGUGACCUUCCGGCGGAGACCCAAUUUCUCCUCGCCGAAUUGAAGGACGGCUCCGGCGAGGAAGACGAAGAAUCCUACUGCGUUUUCCUCCCGUUGAUCGAAGGGAAAUUCCGGGCUUCCCUGCAGGGGAAUUCCCGGGACGAGGUGGAAUUGUGCCUGGAAAGCGGAGAUCCGGACACGGUCGGGUCGGAGUUCACGCACUCCGUUUACAUCCACGUGGGAUCCGACCCGUUCGCCGCCGUAUCCGACGCCGUGAGGGCGGUGAAAUCGCACCUCAACAGUUUCCGGCAGCGGCACGAGAAGAGGCUCCCCGGAAUCGUCGAUUACUUCGGGUGGUGCACCUGGGACGCCUUCUACAAGGAGGUAACCCAAGAGGGCGUGGAGGCCGGCCUCGAGACCCUCUGUUCCAGUCCCACCCCCCCGAAAUUCCUGAUAAUCGACGACGGCUGGCAGACGGUCGCCGGCGACGAGUCGGAGGAGAAACCCAUAUUCAGACUCACCGGAAUAAAAGAGAACCCGAAAUUCCAACAGCCCGACCCGGACAACAUCGGGAUCCGGAGGAUCGUCGACGUCGCCAAGCAAAAGCACGGCCUGAAAUACGUGUACGUGUGGCACGCGAUCACCGGGUACUGGGGCGGGGUCCGGCCGGGAGAGAAGGGGAUGGAUGAAUACGGGUCGGUUCUCAAGUACCCGAAGGUCUCGGAGGGGGUGAUGGAGCACGAACUGACCUGGAAAACGGACGAAAUGGCGGUUCAGGGCGUCGGGGUGGUCGACCCGAAGAGGGCCCGCAAGUUCUACGACGAGAUGCACAGCUACUUGGCGUCGGCGGGGGUGGACGGGGUGAAGGUGGACGUGCAGUGCAUACUGGAGACGGUGGGGGAUGGGGUUGGGGGUAGGGUGGAGAUCACAAAGCAGUUUCAUCAAGCUCUUGAUGCUUCUGUCUCUAAGAACUUCCCAGAUAAUGGGGUCAUUGCUUGCAUGAGCCACAACACUGAUGCUCUCUAUUGUGAGAAAGAGGUGGCUGUUGUGAGGGCAUCGGAUGAUUUCUUCCCACGCGACCCGAUGUCGCACACCAUCCACAUUGCGGCAGUGGCAUACAACGGGGUUUUCCUCGGCGAAUUCAUGGUUCCGGAUUGGGACAUGUUCCACUCCCUCCACCCGGCCGCCGAGUACCAUGGCUCGGCACGGGCAAUCAGUGGUGGCCCUGUCUAUGUCAGUGAUGCACCCGGGAAACACGACUUUGAUCUCUUGAAGAAGCUCGUCCUCCCUGAUGGUUCGGUCCUCAGGGCUCGUUUGCCUGGCCGCCCCACAAAGGACUGCCUUUUCUCCGAUCCUACUCGCGAUGGCAUUAGCUUAUUGAAGAUCUGGAACAUGAACAAGCACACAGGAGUUCUGGGCGUGUACAACUGCCAAGGCGCAGCUUGGAAUGCCGUGGAGAAGAUAACCAUGUUCCACGAAACAAAAUCCGAGGCGGUUACGGGUCAUGUUAAAGGCCGAGACGUCCACCUCAUCUCCGAAGCGGCAGCGGCUACGGGCCCCCCCGGAUGGAACGGAGACUGCGCGGUUUACUCUCAGGCAAGGGGCGGGCUCGUGGUCCUCGCAGACAACGAAACCCUGCCGGUGUCAUUGAAGGUGCUGGAGCACGAGGUCUUCACCGUGGCGCCGGUCAAGGACUUGGCCCCAGGGGUCAGAUUCGCACCCCUGGGGCUCAUCGACAUGUUCAACGCCGGGGGAGCGGUUGAGGAGCUGAAGUACGGGGCGGAGGGGGGGAAGGGGGGAGUGGCAUUGGGGGUGAAGGGGUGCGGUCGGUUCGGCGCGUACUCGUCUGCCCAGCCAAGGGGGUGCACGGUUGGGGGAAACGUGAGGGAGUUCGAAUACGAAUCGGGGCCGGGACUCGUGACUUUGAACCUGGGGGGUUUGCCUGGGGAAGGGGAGAAAGUGCACCACGUUGUUUUUGAGUUUUAAGACUUUGAUCAUCAUGAUUCUUCGCCGGACUUGAUUUGGCGUCCAUUUGGGACACGCAGAUUGUGGUCUCCCAUGUUAUUUUAUUCUUCUCAUUAAGUUGCUUCUUUCUUGUUCAAUGGGGUUUGUUUCCCCUUGAUUAAUAUAAUGGCUGUGAUGUCUUCAUUAAUAAAAUUUCCAUGAAUCUCUCAUUAAGUCCCAUCUUCUUGCCUUCACCU